GGGUGGUGCGGUUGGGACGGUAAGUGCGGGUUGGUGUCCCGUCGGGGCUUUUCGCUCUCUUUUCUUCUUCUUUUUUUUUUCUCCCUUCUUUCCUCCAUCACCGCUUCGAGCGCAUGGGAUGUGAGCACAAACGCAGCACAUCCCCACAGACGGCCCGGCUUUCUGGGCGUCACGUUGUCCCACGCCGGUGCUGUGUGCACUCAGUAAAAGCCAACGGCGCAGAGCUGAAGUUGGAGCCAAUGAAAGCUCUGAUUUCCGCAGGUGAAUUGUUGCUGACUUUCCUCAGGCCCAGGACUUCAUCCCCUGCAGAUGUGAAGCUCCGGUUUCCGAGGGACGCAUGAGGAGAUGAGGUGCUCAGGUAUGUGUGUUUCUAUCUUGUCUGUCGUACACAAGGAGGUACGACUCUGCUCUGCCGCACACCAAUGCUGCAGAGACAUAACUGCACGUAAACCUGCCCUCAGUGUGUUUUAGCAGACGGACCGGCACUGCUAACCCACUCUGUCCGUACCCCUGUGCAAACGAGAAACGCCACUGCUGAAGCUGGGAGCACUACCACGCUCUGCUUUUGUUUAUGACCAUACUGACCCAGUGGCAGCCGAGGUGUCUGUGGCACUAUGAGGCAUGCAGAGCCAACUGCAGCUUAACAGAGGGAGAAAACACCAGGAAAGAAUACACUAUUGCCUGAUCACAGCUUAAGUUACAGCAAACAGUUUAAAGACUGUUUUUUUGCUGUCAUUCGGGCCGAGCUCAAGUAGAUUUCCAUGGGUUUUACUGUACAUAGAUGAUAAUGAUUGCAGUCAUUGGCUUUGGGUCGCUGCUGUGGCUUUUUUGCUGCCGUCCACUGUGGUUGCAAUGGGACUUCUGGGGGCUUCAGUGUGGGGCUGAAACGCUUUGCAGCAUCAAGGUUUGGCUUCUGUAAACGCAGAUCUUCAGUCGUUCACGUGCAUCGAUUUUUAUUCAGAUGUUUAAAAUCCCAUUGUCUUUGACUGCGUUCGUAAGGUGCCUUUGCUGCUGGCCCAGGGCAGCACAGAGUUCUGCAAGGCAGGGAAGCCAGGAGCUGCCCAGGAAGCUCGGAAGCUCUGCUUGGAUAAGAGCGACUGCCUCAGGCCACUCCCUGUUGGGGAAGCCCCCCAUGGACUGUAGGCAUUUACCUGAGGCCCGCAAGGAGACCCUGAGCCCGGAGCCCGAGUCGCUGCCACCUCCAGCUGCAGGCAGCAGCCCCUGCCUACCCCCCGCAGUCGGGCAGCGGGCUGGGACGGGCCCAGGGCGACCCGCGGCCGCCAACGCCGCACGGGAGCGCAGCCGAGUGCAGACCCUGCGCCAUGCCUUCCUGGAGCUGCAGAAGACGCUGCCCUCCGUGCCGCCCGACACCAAGCUCUCCAAGCUGGAUGUGCUCCUCCUGGCCACCACCUACAUCGCGCACCUCACGCGCAGCCUCCAGGACGAGGAGGAGUCUCCAGGAGAGACCCUGGGAGCCCUCCGAGGAGAUGGGUACCUCCAUCCUGUCAAGAAAUGGCCAAUGCGAUCCAGGUUAUACAUUGGAGCGACAGGACAGUUUUUGAAUCACUCAGCACAAGGAGAAAGCGCAAACCAAGGAGAAACAUCAACAAAUUCACAACACUAGUCUCCCUUUUCAUUAAAAAAAAAAGUUAUUUAUUACAUCACAUAUAUAUAUUUAAAUUAAAAAAAAAAACAAAAAACAAACCACAUCAAUCAGCCAUAAUUCCUGAAACACUGUUUGUGGAUCAGAAGGAAUUGGUUCUUAAAGAUCUCUCGUACCUCAUUAACUUAAUGCGACUUAUCGUUGGCUUCCACCACUGAGGAUACUGCUGGUAUCUGAACCAGGGCAAGAGGAGAAGGCAGCUGCUGUCAGCACCAAUGGAUAGCAGAGAAACAGGGGCAAGACUGCUAACAACAGCUGUUCUCAUCCACCUCAGCACAGGAAGCUGAUAGGUACAUGACAAGAAAAGGAGACAGGGAGAUGCAUAUUGGCUAAGUGCAGUGCAAGACAAGCUCUGGAGAAAAGCAAAUGGCACACAAGUCUGCAAAUAGCCAUCCAAAUAAUGCGUGCCCUUUCCUCAUGGCAUGAAGCUAAUAGCAGAAAGCCCACAGACAGCAGUCAGGUCAUGCCUUCAUCCUUCAGGUAGUCAGAAAUGCAUGGAGCUCUUUGAAAAUGGGGGUGCACAUUCACUUUAAGUAAAGAUGUGCUGAAAUCUAUCCUACACGCAUAUAACAAACACAGACCGCUCUACAGAUUAAAUGUAGUUCCAUUAAUUAAGUAUUGCUUGUAUUGGUCUAUAGCCUUGUGUUGCAUGUGACAUGUCUGUUAAAUGUUACCCCAGAACUAUUAUUUGCCUGUUCAGGACAUCAAGAUACACUCCUCUCAAACAGGGCUUCACAGAUGAAUGGAGCCCUGAGAGCUGGCUUGUUCACAGCACGUGACUCACUACAUCAUUUCCUAUAUGUAGGCAAGAAAUAUUGAAACUAAACGCACCAAUACCACCUAAUGUAUCUGUUCUGUAAAACACUGUACUUUUCAUAUAUUGUUAUUGUCAAGGUAAACAUUAAAUAUUAUUCACUGGA